AUGUCUUUCCGGUACAAGAUCAGACCGGAAGAAGAGCAGUUUCCUCUGGCAUUCAGUUUGAUCAUAUACACCGAACCGGACCGAGUGCUUCGUCUACUUCGUGCCAUCUAUCGUCCGCACAACUUCUAUUGCAUUCACAUUGAUCGAAAAAGUGAACCUGCAUUUGUCGAACGGAUUGAACGAUUGAAACAAUGUCCGGAUUUGACACAUAAUGUGUUCUUUGUCGACCCGUCGGAACGGGUGGAUGUUCAGUGGGGGCGAAUGAGUGUGUUGGAUGCGGAUCUGACCUGCGCCCGAAUCCUACUCGAACGAGCUCCCGUCAAUUGGAAGUAUUGGAUCAAUUUAAACGGACAAGAAUUCCCGUUACGUACGAAUUGGGAACUGGUUCGUGCUCUGCGUCUGUUAAACGGGGCCAAUAUUGUCGAGGCGAUUUAUCGUCGGCGCAAUAUAAAUCGAUGUCCACCACCGGACUGGCUUCCAUUCAAUGUCACUUGUUACAAAGGAAGCUUUCACGUUGCGCUGCGUCGUGAAUUUGUGGUUUAUGCGUUGAAUGAUUCUCGAGGCCGAAUGCUCUAUGACGCACUUGUCCGGCAUGAAAAUAGUUCCGAUGGACUCACAGUCCCAGACGAAAUAUUCUUCGCCACAUUGAAUCACAACCCAGAAGCGUUCCCGAUCCCCGGUGCUUUUACCGGUGUACACGAGGAAGAUGUGGCCAUCCCGUUGGCCAGAGCAAAGAUUUGGUCUGAUUCGAAUCUUCCAUGUGGUAGCGAAUACUGGCAACGUUCAAUUUGUAUGCUUGGAUUGGAUGAUUUACCGUUUUUAGUCACCCAACCACACUUUUUUGCUAACAAAUUUAUACCAAAAGUUGCCCCGCUGGCUUACGAUAUGUUGGAGUUGUGGUACGCAUCAAAAGUUCGAAAUGAGGACCACUUUGAUCGAUUGUCCGAUUCAUUCAACAGUACUUAUUACACCCUGUCUCCGUAUGCCACACAACAUUUGUGA